AUGGUUCUGCGACCGUUAGAAUUUGCGGAUUGCCUUUCGGAUACUCCGUGGUUUCGGCAAAAUUUACGUGAGCAUGAAAGUGUUUUGGAAGAUGCUCAUAAAAAUAUCAAAAAUAUCGAAAUACAAUGCCGUGAACUUAUUCAUUGCACAAGAAAACUUUCCGUGGCUCAAAGAGCAUUUGCAAAAUCAUUGAAAGAAUUUAAAUUUGUCACAAUUGGUAGUACUCAGACAGAUGAUGAACGAAAAAUAGCUGAGUGUGUAAGCAAAUUUGGAGAUUUUAUAAGUCAGAUCGAGGAUCAUCGCGAAAAAAUCAUUGAAGAUUCGGAAAUUCAUUUUAUCGAACCAUUACGUAAAUUUCGAGUAGAAGGAAUUGGCAAGGUAUUACAUGAUGAUAAAAAAAGAUACGAAAAGGAAUCCAAUAAAUUUUAUGCAUCACUCGAAAAACAUUUGCAUUUGUCAACGGCACGAAAAAAUGAUUUCAAAGAAGCAGAUGCCCAACUGGAUAUGCAGCAGCGGAAUUUCUGUAGCUGUUCGCUGGACUAUGUAACAGCGAUACAAGCGGUUCAAGAAAGGAUGAAAUUUGAAUUUGUAGAGACGCUAUGCUCGUUCGUAUAUAGCUGGCUUACUUUUUAUCAUGUUGGUCACGUAACACAUGAGGAUUUCAAGCCAUUUCUAAGUGAAGUGCAGUCAAAAGUUCAAAAGGCAAAAGAAAGCUUCGAGGAAACAAAAGAAUAUUAUGUGCAGCUCAAAGAUAAAAUGCUGAUAAAUCAUUUGAAAAAUGCAGUAUUUCAAACGGGUAAAAAUGACAGUGAUAAUGAAAAUCCGACGCCUCGAACCGUUUCUAGCAUAAAACAAGGCUAUAUUUUUGCUCAUGAAAAAAGUAAAAUCCCAAAAACAAUUAGUAGAGAUGUUUUGUCAAAUCGAUGGACUAUGUAUUAUUGUGUAUAUCAAAAGGAAACACGAAUAUUCACAAUGAUUCCAGUAAAUAACACAGCAAGAACGGAUAUGAAAGGUGCGCUUGGACAAUCUGUUUCUUUUAAACUGAAGACAUGCACUCGAAGGGCCUCAGACAGUAUUGAUAAGAGGUUUUGCUUUGAUGUCUUAGCAAUGGAUCGUACCGAGCAAAUGACGCUACAAGCAUUAUCGGAAGAAGAUCGUCGACAAUGGCUUGAUGCUAUGGAUGGAAGAGAGCCCAUAUACUCACCUGGAGCAGGACCAACAUCAAAUUGCCUCGGAACAGUUUUGGACGAUAGUGGUUUCGAUUUUGUACGAAAAUGUAUAGAAGCAAUCGAAGAAAAAGGGAUAUGUGAACAAGGAUUAUAUCGAAAUUGUGGUGUUACAUCUAAAGUGCAAAAGUUACUGCAAAUUGGAUUAGACAAACGACGUUCCAUAUAUGACAAACUUAGUUUUACAGAUGAUGAAUGGGAAAUUAAAACAUUGUCAAGCGCUCUUAAAACUUUUUUAAGGAAUUUGCCAGAACCACUUAUGACGUUUGACUUACAUCAUCACUUUAUUAAUGCCGCCAAAAUGGAUUCCAAAACACGUGUUUCCUAUAUUCACUAUUUUGUCUAUAAAUUACCGCAAAUACAUUUCGAGAUGUUGCAAAUUAUUAUUGAACAUCUUAAGAAAGUGGCAAAUCGUUCCAGUGAAAAUCUGAUGACAGUAGGUAAUCUUGCUGUUUGUUUUGGGCCAACAUUAUUAAGGCCAAAAGAGGAAACAAUGGCAGCUAUUAUGGAUAUUAAAUUUUGUAAUGUAGUUGUCGAAGUGCUCAUUGCAAAUUAUGAUCUCAUAUUUAAAAAUAAACCAAAAGAAAUUGAUAAUAUUCCUUGUCCAGCAAGGACUAACGAUCAGGAGGAGUUGAUAAAUGAAAGCUCUUCUUUUGGUGAAACUGGUACUGGUCCUUCUAUUGCUUUCUCAAAACAGCAAAUUGUAUCAAUUUCUCAAGAAGAAAAACGAUCGCAAGCAGAAGGUAUAUCAAUUUCCAGUAAGCGUCCACAAACAAUUGCCAGUUCAAGUAAAUGUCAACGUCCUCAUCCUAUUUACGAUAGAGUGCCAUAUUGUUACACUGACAGUAAUGAUGAUUUAAACAUGAGUUCAUCGAAUCGUUCAAUGCAUACAGUAGCAUACAAUAAGCCGAGCACUUCUGCUGGAACAUCACCUGUCACACCGAUAGCUAAGAAUAAUUUGACAUGUUCAUCUUCUGCACUUACACAAAAUACCACAAAGUGUCAAAUGAGACAGCCUUUACGUGGACAAUCUACUGCUCAUUUCCGAGGUGUCACAGAACAUGAACGUCGAACAUCAGUUGGGAAAAAAUGUGCGGAAAGUUGGGAAUCAUUGAAUUCAGCAAGUACUGGUUCGGAUCCAUUACCAAAUGAACGGUUUCGUCAUCAUUAUCCUAAAAUUGCUCAGGAACGGCAUACUACCACCUCUAGAGCUAAAUUGAACACAUCGUACGCUCCAGCAUAUAAUCCAUUUUCUUCUGAAUCUGGACGUCGUAAAAUAUCACCUUUGCCUGUGUCAAAAUAUCAGCAACAUCGUUGUCUUGAUUUAUCGCGACAGUCCAAAAAUGUCAAUUUGCCAGACGGCGAUGAUGUUACGGAUGAUGUUAAUGUUUGUGGUGAUACCCCUACUGUUACCGAGGUGCUUAUCAGUGAUCUCAGGGUUUCACCAUUGUUCACAUGUACUCAUACUUUGGGAGCACUUCAACCAAGUCGGCGAGUGAAAACACUUUAUGCAUGUACAGCAGGUCACAAUACUGAAUUGUCUUUUCAGCCUGGACAAAUUAUUACUAAUGUUUAUGAAUCAAAAGAAGAUGGUUGGCUGAUUGGAACUUUAAACGGAAAAACUGGUCUCAUUCCAGCGAAUUAUGUUGAACCACUCCCAUAA